AAUGCAUGCAUGCGUGGAUAAUAUAUCAGUACCUACAUGUGAAAAAGGGUCCCUCUUUUCACAAAAGGUAGCCAAAAGUAAAGGUAAAGGUAAUUGUGUUUCAUUUCAUUUCAGGUGAAGAAAUGAAGGGCCAGGUAGCAAAGUAAGUACCUUUUCGUACCUGUUGCUCCUUAAGUCUCCCUCUUUUUUCUGAUUAUCUUCAAAUGAAACCCUUCGCAAAUGAAUGAAUCCAUCCAUUUCAUUCCAAGACUUUCUUCCAACCUGAACCGUUUCUUGUUUCUGGGUGACUUUGAUUUUAGAUUUUUUUACCUGUGUAUUGUUGGAAAAUAAGUUAGUUUUUUAUAUAAACAAGAAUUAGAGCGAAUUAUUUUCUGAAAAAAUAAAUUUCUUAAAAUGGAAAGUGCACACAUUUCGGGGAUGCCAAAGGUCGCCUCAGCCAUUAAGCAGAGUGUUAUUAACAAAGAGAAACUUAUCAAUAGCAGGAUGGCGAGAUUGUUAUGGAAAACUCAAGAACUCGAUCCCCAAAUCCUCUCCCCUGCCGCGAUUCGAAGUACUACCCAGAACCACAACCUCGACAAGCUAGAAAAUCCCUUAGUCGUCGCCGCCAUCUCCGCCGGUGUCAUUGGCGUGGUCAUCAUCGCCGUCAUGAUUUUGAGCAUGUGGAUUCGGUCCAAAUUUUUAACUCGGCCAGGCAGCAGGACGAAUAGCAAUGAUAUCGAGACCGAUGUCAUCAUGACAUCGUCGCCCUCGAGGUCAAUUUCGAUAUCAAUGUCAACCCUGGACGGGGGUGAGGGUCAAGAUAACGAAGGAAGUGAAGAUAAGACUCAAAUGGAAUCAAUUCGUUUGGACGAUACGACAUUCUACAGUGCGGUUGACAUUUCAAUAAUUCCGGUCGAUAUUUCAGUCCCUUGCAAUCCUGAUGACAAAGAUCUCCCCGAAAAUCAUGGGAUGCUGGAUGAACGCACACUUUGCAAUAUUUCGCUGAGCCCGAUUUAUAAAUAAGUUUUUGUACUACAUUUUGUCAAGAUUUAUUUAUUUUUAUUGUGAUAACACAAAUAUUUAUGUAUUUACGA